CUGGUGGCGGGGAGGGGGUCGGGUGCUGUGUGGGUGCCUGCCCGGACCGUCCCCUUCCGCACCCGGCUCCCCAGCACCGCGCCCUGGGUGGUGUUCUGGUGGCGGGGAGGGGGUCGGGUGCUGUGUGGGUGCCUGCCCGGACCGUCCCCUUCCGCACCCGGCUCCCCAGCACCGCCCUGGGUGGUGUUCUGGUGGCGGGGAGGGGGUCGGGUGCUGUGUGGGUGCCUGCCCGGACCGUCCCCUUCCGCACCCGGCUCCCCAGCACCGCGCCCUGGGUGGUGUUCUGGUGGCGGGGAGGGGGUCGGGUGCUGUGUGGGUGCCUACCCGGGCGUAAGGCAGCGCUUCUUCCGCUGUCACAGCGCCGCGCCAGGGGUCCCGGCGGUCGGGUACCUGUUAUCCUGCGGGGGACAGGCCUGGCCCCGUAUAAAGGUGGUUGUGCCCAGAGCAGCAGGGCUGGCGUCCUCUCGGCUGGUCACCCAGUGUCGCAAUGAAGCGAAGCCUCCUCAGAGGAAACAUUCACGUCGGGAAAUGGCAGAAGCAGUUUUUCAUCCUCCAAGAAGGAAAAGAAGAAUUUUUGAGUCCUAUGACUCUCCCUUUCCUGUGGCUGUAGGAGGGAAGGAUUUCAGGAUAUGCCGGGCUGAAAUCCUGAAUAACAAUGUGAUUGUGAGGAACCCUGAAGAUAUUGAACUGCUUUAUAACAAGGGUUAUUUUGGGAAAGGUAUCCUUUCCAGAAGUCGACCAGUGUACAGCAUCUCAGAUCCUUCCCUGGUUGCUAAGUGGCAAGGUGCUAACCUAAACAUGCCUAUAAUUACAUCCAAAAAGUACCAGCGCCAUGUCCAGUGGGCUAAAAGUGUCUUACAAGAGCAAGGAUUGGAUGACUGCUCAGUAACCAAAAUUCUUGACAAUUACACUAAACCUGUUGAGCUGCCACUUUUGGAAGAGGAUAGAACUGAACAAACCAGUAACAGCUGGAGCAGAACUGACCUAAAUACAGAACUUGCCUCACAGUCUUCUACAGAGACUGGAAACAGAGUAGCCCUAAGUCCUGAUAAUCAGCAUGAAGGCUUCAAGAAAGCCUGUUUGGAGAGAAGCCCUCAGUUUGAUCCCGUGGCCAUAUGUGGCUCUGAAGAACAGAAACAAGGUGACUUGAAAGAGAAAGCUGAGGUGUCUUGCCAGAAGCAUGGUGCUCUGGUGUCCUGCAGCUGCACUGCCAAGGAGAAAACUCAGCAAGGACUUUGUGAGAUGAUCAGAUCAGAAGGAUGUGUUCCAGAAUAUGUGUUGGUGGAGGAAGAAGUCGAAGGUAGCUUAAGUCCUGAAGAUGGCUCUACCCAUGCAGAAGAAAAUCUAAUCAAGAAAGAAAAACUAGUAUGCAGAAAAAAUCCAUUUAGGAUUUCUGAAUAUUUGCAACUCAGCUUGGAGGAGGCUUUUUUCUUGGUUUAUUCUCUGGGAUGUUUAAGUAUUUAUUAUGGUGAGGAGCCCCUGACUAUUUUGAAGCUCUGGGAGGUUUUCAGUGAAGUGAAGCCCCACUUCAAAACAACCUACAUGGCCUACCACUACUUUCGCAGCAAAGGCUGGGUCCCCAAAGUUGGGCUGAAGUAUGGAACUGAUCUCUUGCUGUAUCGAAAAGGCCCCCCCUUCUAUCAUGCAAGUUACUCUGUCAUCGCUGAACUGGUUGAUGAUAGCUUUGAAGGUUCUCUUCGCAGACCUCUCUGCUGGAAAUCCUUGUCUGGGCUGAACAGAACAACUGCUAAUGCUUCUAAGGAGCUGAUGUUGUGCUAUUUAAUUAGACCAUCUGACAUGACUGAUGAAGAGAUGUCAACACCAGAAUGCAUGAAAAGGAUCAAGGUUCAGGAACUAAUUGUAAGCCGCUGGGUUUCUUCCCGUGAGCGCAGCGAUCAAGAUGAAUUCUGAUUGUACAGCAAAAAUUUAUUCAGAACCACUCCUUGGGUUUUACCUUUUUUUUUCUUUGUGAUCAACCUCUGCCUCAGCAGUUUCUCUCAGCUUACUCUGUUGGUGUGUAUUAACGCUGUUUUAAGUCAGGUUACUGGGGAGGAUGUUGAAAAACUAAAGAGAACUGUAAUCAUGAGAAUGAAAAGGAAAAAAAAUUAAAGCUGAGUCCCACCUCAAAA